GUGACGUCUACUCUCCUUGAAUUAGGACGCUAGGGCAGUUCUGAAUUUUGAAAGAUGGGAACGUUACUCGAUCUGCUCAACGUGGGUCAAUCACCGUCCAUCAACGGUCAUGGAAGGAUCUUCGAUUCGAAAUUUGGAGGGAGAAACUGAGGUGUUCCGCUCUCUCGCUGGUUAGGAUUGGACAUGAAGGAUUGACCUCAAAUUGAUAAUUAUAACACAAAGGACUCUCUAUCUGGUUAGGAUCGGACAGCAAGGAUUGAACUCAAAUUGGUAAUUGCAACAAAAAGUAUAAGGAACCAUUCUGAUAACUAAAGACGAUGGGAGCCAUUCAAUUCUUAGAGCGAGAAGAAUCGAUGGAGGAUACAUGCGUCUCUGAAGCCAUGACAAAUCCUGAGAACGUUGCAGAAUUCUUGAUACUUCUUUCGCAAGCUCAGGAGCCCCUCUUUCCACACUGGGGAAACAAAAAGAGGCGUUUACAUGUGAAGACGGCCGGAAAGCUGACCCACAAAGGCUGGAAUUCUUGUUUCCAUAAUGUGACCCACAAUGGCGGCAAUAAGAAGAAGAAGGCCAAGAAACAGAGGCCACAGAGCCCAUCAACGCCACUUUCCUUGAGUGGAGAUGGAAGUGGGUCAGACUACCUCUCUUCCCUUUCUAAGGUUGCUAGAGCUCAAAAUCCAAGGAUCAGUUGUGAGCCAACCACUAGGCGAGACUCUAGAUCAAAGGGGAAGUAGGGAAGAAAACCAACAUGAAAAAGAAGCUCAAGUGGACAGCUUGGUCCGAAACAUUAAACAAUGAGUACCAGUAUCUUUGCAGCUUCAGUAAAACACUGAAUUUGAAUUUGGAGGGACAAAUUAGAUGUCAAGGGCUGCCUUGUGCAUGACUAUGCAAAUACCAUUUUUGGUAAGAGGUUGUCUUAAAAGAGAACAGGUUUUUUACAUACAAGACCAUGUAUAUAUCUAUAUAUUUCCAUAAAUAAUUACGUAUAUAUCAGAUAAAUUUUUUUCCUUUUUUUUUUUGUCAAGUAUGUUGACUGAUAAAGACUAUAUGUAGAUUAUAUGAUUUCAUUGUGUUUGUUUGAAUGUAAUGGUGAUUGACAAGGCCUGUGUUUUAUUUCUCAAUAUGUUCAAAUGCCCUCCUCAAUUUUUAAUACUCUCUCUCCCUCUCUCUCUCUCAUAUAUGUGUACUGUGAUUGGAUAUGUGGAAUUGACCAUAUGCUCUCUCUUACAUAUACAUACUAUGAUUUCUCUCUUCCUUUCUCUCUCUCUCAUAUAUGUAUACUGUGAUUGGAUCUGUGGAAUUGACCAUAUGCUCUCUCGUACAUAUACAUGCUAUGAGUGGAAUUGAGCAUAUGUGAUAACUAGUGAAACUGUGAUUGAAUUUUAGCCAUGCUACUCUUGCAGAUAGACCCCAUUGAGAUAUUCAUAUCAUUUAUGAGCCAAUCUCAUGAAGCUACAACAUUGAGAACCGAGAUCUCGGCAUGUCAUGCCAUCCUUGAUUUGAAUUUGUUGCCAACAGUGGAAGAGGAGGAAUUCAAUUGAGAUGACUAUGUAGUCCUUGCAUAUUUUUGAGAAGAUCACAUUUCAUUUAUGAGCCAAUCUCAUGAGGCUACAACAUUGAGAACCGAGAUCUCAGCACGGCGUGCCAUACUCGAUUUGAAUUUGUUGCCCACGUGCAAGAGAGGAGGAAUUCAGUUGAGAUGAUGACUCUAUAGUCCUUGCAUAUUUUUUAGAUCACAUUUUUUAUAUAUGUUUGAUUUAAAUUUUUUAUUCUUGGAUUCUUACUAAAUAUGAAUUUAUUCAUUUUGCUGUCAGACUUCAUGUUUAUUUUGAAAAACUAUGUAAUCAUCGAUGGAAAAGAUAUUGCA